AUGGAGCUCGCGACGCCUCCCAGCCCGUCUAGCAAAGUGCGGCUACAAGACAGUCCGCUCAGCGCUCCCUCAGCUGCGCCAGCCGCACCUCGUUGCGACGACUCGGAGACCCCCACUUCUCGAUGGCAGCGUACGAUCGACGACAGCGAGGACGACGGGCAGGACGACGAGAUAGUGCUGGCUGUGAGGCCGACGGGAUCGAGGGGCCACCGCUCGAGGCCGUCGACGUCGCGCUUGCUUGACCAGGAGUCGCAGACGGACGAAAUGGCCUUCUCGCCCGACACGCUCAGACGGCAGAGACGGCUGCGCUCGUACGCCGACGACGAAGGGCUCGGUGUUGGAGUAUACGUACCGGCGGGAGCGAGGCGAUUCGGGCUGGCGGCGAGGGCUGUCGUCCGGAAGAACGAGGGCGAGUGUCUUCUCCUCAUUGUAGCGAGUCAGGUCGGCUUCGCGAUCAUCAAUACCUGCGUCAAGCUGCUUGAGGAGGACGUCGCAGUCCCCGUCUACGAAUUGAUCGUUAUUCGCAUGCUCAUCACGUUCGCUGGUUGUUAUGCCUACCUUCGGUGGUGGGCGAGAGAUCCCCAUCCUUUCCUCGGACCUCCAGGUGUGAGACUUCUCCUGUGCUUGCGAGGUUUCGUCGGCUUCUUCGGGCUCUACACCAACUACGCCGCCCUUCAAUACCUCUCGCUCGCCGACGCCUCGACCCUAUGGUUCGUCUCGCCCGUCCUCGUCGGCAUCCAAGGCUGGCUCAUCCUCGGCGAGCCAUACACCCGCCUCGAAGCUCUCGUCGGCAUCGCCAGUCUCUCUGGCACCAUCUUCAUCGCCAAACCUUCCUUCCUCUUCCCCUCGUCCGCCGUCGCGACUGCUUUGACGGCAACGGCCGAGUCGAGCCCAGAUCAGCGCAUGAAGGGCGUCUCUAUAAUUCUCUUCGGCGUCAUUGCGAGCUCGUCAGUGUCGAUCAUUAUUCGCUUUAUCGGUACGCGAGCCAGCGCGCUGCACAGCAUCUCCUACUUCUCCCUCUACAGCGUCCUCGUCUCGUCCUUGUAUCCCCUCGUCUUCGACUCUCCCCCCGUCUUCCGCCUCACGACCCGCUUCUUCGUCCUCCUCUGCCCCAUCGGCGUUCUCGGCUUUCUCUCACAAGCUCUCAUGACGAUGGGACUGAUCAAGGAGAAAGCGGGUCGAGGCGCGCUCGCAACUUAUACCAACCUCCUCUUCACGAUGAUCAUGGAGCGACUCGUCUUCGGCAAACUGCCCGACAUCUGGUCCCUCAUCGGUGCGGCCAUCAUCGUCGGCGGCGCAGUCCGAGUCGCCCUCGAACACAAAGCUCACACAGCACCUUCCGGCUCAGCAGUCGAUGGAGUCGACGAGGUUGCAAUAGCGGCGGCGACUGGACCGGCGUUAGAAAGGUACGACCCGCUUGCGAUGGCGGAGGAGGGGACCGGCAGGAGGGAGAAGACCGCACCUGCCUAG